UAAGGAUGUUCGGUUCCUGCGGGCUAAAUAUUCUGAUCCAAUCAGCUGCUCUUUUGAUUUUUCUUUGCCGUUUCCCUGCCUGUCCGUGCUCCCACCCGAAAGCCUCAUUUGAUUCCCUGUGUCGCUGCAGGGUCCUCACCAGAGGAACCUGUUGAAGAACCUCCUGAAGGACUACAACCGGAUGGAGCGGCCGGUGGGCAACGACUCCCACCCUCUCACUGUUGUCUUCACCCUCAGUUUGAUACAGAUCAUGGACGUGGAUGAGAAGAAUCAAGUGCUCACCACUAACAUAUGGCUACGGAUGAGUUGGUUCGACCACUAUCUCCAGUGGAACCAGAGUGAACACCCCGGAGUGAAAAACCUCCGCUUCACCACAGAUCAGGUGUGGACGCCAGACAUCCUGCUCUACAACAGUGCAGAUGACGACUUUGACUCCACCUUUAAGACCAAUGUUCUGGUGAACUCCAGCGGCUACGCCGAGUACCUGCCUCCAGGAAUCUUUAUGAGCACAUGCAACGUGGACGUUCGCUGGUUCCCUUUUGACAUCCAGAGGUGUGAGCUGAAGUUCGGCUCUUGGACGUAUGACGGCUGGCUGCUGGACCUCCAGAUGAAUGAGGCUGACAUCUCAGGCUACAUGCCCAAUGGAGAGUGGGACUUAAUUGGAGUUCCCGGCACCAGAAACGAGGCCUUCUAUGAUUGCUGUAAGGAGCCUUACCCGGAUGUGACGUUUGUUGUGACAAUACGUCGGCGGACGCUCUAUUAUGCCCUGAACCUGCUCAUCCCCUGUGUGUUGCUGUCUUCCAUGACCCUGCUCAUCUUUGUGCUACCAGCUGACUCAGGGGAGAAGAUCUCACUGGGAAUCACCGUCUUGCUGUCUUUGACUGUUUUCAUGCUGCUGGUUGCAGAGAUCAUGCCAGCCACAUCUGACUCCGUCCCCCUUAUAGGUCAGUACUUUGCCAGCAUAAUGAUCAUCGUUGGGAUGUCAGUCAUCGCCACGGUGGUGGUUCUGCAGUAUCAUCACCACGAUCCAAACGGAGGAAACAUGCCCAAAUGGGUGCAGCUCGUCUUGUUGCAGUGGGUUGCAUGGUUCUUGCGUAUGAAGCGGCCAGGAGAGAAUGACGACCCAGAGCGACCCCCAUGUGCCCCCCACUUGCGGCGCUGCUCCUCGGGCUCCCAGAGCGGGAGCAUCCCGAACCCUCCGGACCCCAACAACGGGAACCUUCUUUACAUGGGCUUCCAGAGCAUGGAGGACCCUUCAGUGCUCUCUGAGCCUGUCCAGAGGAACAACAUCUCAACAGGGCCUCCGCGAGUAGCAGGAAGCCCUGGUGGGGGCUUCGGAGUUGGACACGGAGGGCUUGGAGGGUGCUCGGCUGCAGGGUUAGGAGACCCCCAGCUGCAGGCUAUCCUGGAGGAGGUGCGUUACAUGGCAGACCGUUUCCGGGAGCAGGACGAGGCCGAGAGCGUGGCCGACCAGUGGAAAUUUGCAGGCGCCGUAAUCGACCGCCUGUGUCUGGUGGCCUUCAGCGUUUUCAACAUCAUAUGCACCAUCUCUAUCCUCAUGUCUGCUCCCAACUUUGUGGAGGCUAUUUCAAAGGACUUCGUUUGAAAGCAAAGAGGAAAAAAGAGGAGGAGCGGU